AUGCUCGGCAAAAUCUCCCUCGAAGAAGCCUACGAAAUCCCCUCCAAGGCCGACCAAAGCCGCGACCAAGCAGCCCUCUACAUCGCACCCCCGGAUCUCGACCGCUACCUCCGCCAAAUCAAGUCCCUGACCGACGAGCGCCUCCAGGUCUCCGACGCCCACGGCAUCGGGUACACCAUCGUGUCCCUCACGGUCCCGGGCAUCCAAGGCAUCACGGACCCCCAGACAGCUGAACACCACGCCACCGAAGUCAACAAUUACGUCGCCCAUGAGAUCAAGGAUCACCGUCAUAAGCUCGGCGCCUUCGCCGCGCUCUCCAUGCACGAUCCGGAGCAAGCUGGUCGUGAACUUCGUCGCUGCGUCCAGGAUCUCGGUUUUCACGGCGCCUUGUUAAAUGAUGUACAACACGCCGGUCCAGAUGGCGAGACUUACCUCUUCUACGAUCAGCCCGCCUACGAUGCCUUCUGGGCCGUUGCUGUCGAGCUGGACGUGCCUGUCUACAUCCAUCCCGCCGCGCCGCAAGGCGAGUACUACCGGCAGCAGUACGCGGGGCGGAAAUACCUCGUCGGACCGCCGUUGAGUUUCGCCAACGGCGUCUCGCUACACCUUUUGGGUCUCAUCACGAACGGGGUCUUUGAUCGGUUCCCCACUCUCAAGGUCAUCGUGGGCCAUCUGGGCGAACACAUCCCGUUCGACUUCUGGCGGAUCAACCACUGGCUCGAGGACGUGGAACGGCCGCUCGCGACCAAGGCCGGCGACGCGAUGAGCAAGCGCGACAUUUACUAUUACUUCAAGAACAAUAUCUGGGUGACGACAAGCGGGCACUUCUCGACGCCGACGCUGAAGUACGUGUGUGAUUAUCUAGGACCCGAGCGCAUCCUGUUCAGUGUGGAUUAUCCGUACGAGACGAUUGAAAACGGUUGUGGCUGGUGGGAUGGCGAGAAGGAUGAGAUUCAGAAGGCGUUGGGAGGGAAGGACGCGUAUCGGUUGGUUGGGAGGGAUAAUUCGAAGAAGUUGUUUCGGUUGAGCGGGUUCCAAGAUGAGGAUGCCCCGGUGGAGUGA